AUGCUCGCCGUCGUCGCGCCCAGCCCGGUCACCGUGGCCGUGGCCAUCCCCGUCGUGCUCAUCGUGCUUUGGACCGCGCAGCACCUGCGCAUCGAAUACCGCCUGAGCAAGAACCCGGGUGUACGCGCCCCGGCCCUCGCCAACAACCCAUUCUCUGCCAUCUACUGGUUCCUCGAGGCGGCCUACAUGCAGGCCAACAACCGCCUCCUCGACUACUUCAACUCCAUCUACCGCUACGCCACGCCCACGGCGCCCAACAUCGUGGAAAUGACGUUCGCCAGCCGGCGCAUCCUGCUGACGCGCGAGCCCGAGCACGUCAAGACGGUGCUGACGUCCAAGUUCGCCGACUUUGGCAAGGGCGACAUGUUCCACGACGCGUGGAGCCCGUUCCUGGGCGACAGCAUCUUCACGACCGACGGCGACCGCUGGCACAAGAGCCGCGCGCUGAUCCGGCCCAUGUUCACGCGCGACCGCGUGCGCGACCUGCACAUCUUUGACCGCUGGGCGGGCGCGAUGCUGCGCGAGAUGCCGCCCGCGGGCGAGACGGUCGACAUGUGUGACUUGUUUUACAGGAUGACGCUGGAUGUGACGACGGAUUUCUUGCUGGGGCAGAGUGUGGGCGCGUUGGAGAAUCCGCGGAGCGACUUUUCGAGGGCGUUUAUGGAGGUGCAGCGCAUGCAGAUGAUUCUGACCAUUCUCUACCCCUUUCGGUGGCUCGUCCCCCAGCACAAGUACAAGUCGGGCAUCAAGCUCAUCGAGUCCUUCAUGGACCCCUACAUCGCCGCGACCCUGCGCCUCACGCCCUCGGAGCUGGAGACGCUAUCCAAGUCGGACCGCGACUUCGACUUCACGUUCCUGCACCACAUCGCGCUCUUCAGCCGCGACCCCAAGGUUCUGCGCGACCAGAUCAUGGCCGUCCUGCUCGCCGGCCGCGACACCACCGCCGCGACCCUCUCGUGGUGCCUGUACGAGCUCGCCAACGCGCCGGCCGUGUGGGCGCGCCUCCGCGCCGACGUGCUCGGGCGCGUUGGCGGCGAGCGCGCGCCCACGUAUGAGGACCUCAAGGGGUUGACGUACCUGACGCAUACGCUUAAUGAGACGCUGCGGCUGUAUCCGGCGGUGCCGUAUAACCUGCGGUCCUGCAUCGAGUCCUCCACCCUCCCCGGCCAGCCCGGCCAGCCCGACAUCGCCGCCCUCCCCGGCGACAUCAUCAUCUACAGCACCCUCUCCAUGCAGCGCCGCGCCGACCUCUACCCGCCCGCCUCCGACACCUUCCCCGACCCGGCCCUCUUCAGCCCCGACCGCUGGGACCACUGGACCCCCAAGCCCUGGCACUUUGUGCCCUUCAACGGCGGGCCGCGCAUCUGCAUCGGGCAGAACUUUGCCCUCACCGAGAUGGCCUUUACGCUCGUCCGCCUCCUCCAAAAGUACGAACGCGUCGAGUACCGCGGCGACUGGGCCGCGCAGUUCCACAAGGCCGAGAUCGUCGGCUGCCCCGGGCACGGCGUACCCGUCGCCUUCUUCGAGCCCGCCGCUUGA